AGACCUCCGUCCUGAAGCCCUCUCGUACUCCGCCGUACCCUUCGUCCAACCUCGACAUCCGCAGUCUCCGUCUUUGCGCUUUCUUUAAUAUCCACGGCCUAGAAUGGACCAACAAUACUUGACGUCGCCGACGUCGUUCCGACUGGCAGAUGUGGCUCAGAACAUAUACGAAAUGCCCCUCAUGGCCAUGAAGAAGCCCCACGAUUCACACCCAUCCAUGGGCAACUUGGUUCUUCUCGUCUUCGAGGCUGUCCUCGAGGUCGUUUGCGUGAGCUUGCCGGGCUACAUCAUCGCCCGUCUCGGCCACUUUGAUGCCGAAAAGCAAAAGUUCUUGGCCAACCUCAAUGUCAUGCUGUUCACGCCAUGCCUUAUCUUCACCAAACUGGCUUCGCAAUUGAAUGCCGACAAGCUCCUCGAUCUCGCUGUAAUCCCCAUCAUCUUCGUCAUCCAGACUCUUGUCUCCUGGCUUGUCGCUACCGGCGUCGCCCGCGGCUUUGGCUUCAAUCGCCGCGCUACUAACUUUGUUACGGCUAUGGGAGUCUUCGGAAACUCAAACUCCUUGCCCAUUUCCAUGAUCUUGUCCCUCUCGCAAACUAUCAAGGGGCUACAUUGGGACAAGAUUCCCGGAGAUAACGAUGACGAGGUUGGUGCUCGUGGUAUUCUGUACCUCUUGAUCUUCCAGCAGCUCGGUCAGUUGGUGCGUUGGAGCUGGGGCUACCACGUGUUGCUCGCUCCUAAGGACAAGUACCCCGAGUACCAGGACGAGCGCGUUGAGGAGGGACAGUACGCCGGAGAUCGCGAGACCGCCCCCUUGUUGAACGAGUACGACGAUGGCACGGCUACUUCCCGCAGCCACUCUAGCGAUGAUCUAUCCAACUAUGAGCCGGCCGGUCGCACUCCUGUUGCUAGCAGGUCCAGAGCUUCUCCCGCCGAUACCGAAGACGAGGACGACGAUUACCUUCCCAAGAAGCCGAUGAAGACCAACGGCCUCGCUCCCCUUAAUGGAAACCAUCCGGUAUUCGACGGAAGUGGCGAUGAGAUAUUGUCCUUUCCCCGCAUUCGUAACACGGAUGAACCCGAAGUCCCUGAAGGAGUUAAGGGCUACCCUACCCGCAUUAAGAACGCCUACAACCACACCAUCACCUCUGCCAAGCAAUCGACAUCAAACUUCUUCGCCAGAGCCUACAACAUUUUGCCCACCCCCUUCAAGACGGUUCUCUCGGCCUUAAGCCGCUUCGCGGGCAAGUUUUACAACUUCCUGUGGGAGUUCAUGAACCCACCUCUGUGGGCCAUGCUCAGCGCAGUUGUUGUUGCGUCUGUCCCGGCUCUGCAGAAGAUCUUUUUCGAAGAGGGAUCUUUCAUCAAGAACAGUUUCACGGAUGCUGUUCAGUCCAGUGGCGGCGUUGCCGUGCCCUUGAUCCUGGUUGUUCUUGGUGCCAACCUCGCCCGCAACACUCAAAAGAGCGAAAAGAUGCGUGAUCCCGAGGAGGACCAGAUCGGAACAAAACUCCUCGUCGCAUCCUUGGUGUGCCGCAUGCUUUUGCCGACCCUGAUUAUGACUCCUAUCCUAGCUGUCUUCGCCAAGUAUGUGCCAGUCAGCAUUCUGGAUGACCCUAUCUUUGUCAUCGUCUGCUUCUUGUUGACUGGCGCCCCGAGUGCUCUCCAACUGGCUCAGAUUUGCCAAAUCAAUGAGGUUUACGAGAGUGUUAUGUCGAGAAUCCUCUUCCAGAGCUAUGUCAUUUGGUACGUAGUCAAAUCCGUCUCGCACUUCCCUGUACAAAUGCUAACAAACAUUGUAGGAUUCUUCCAUCAACCUUGGUGCUCGUCAUGUGCGCCUUGGAGGUCGUGGAAUGGGCUGCCUGAGCUCCCCGUUAGUUUCUUUUGUUGUGGAGGGCAUACGGUAAUGGGCGAAAUAAUGGUACCGUUGGUUUCCAAGAUACAUGUUUGAGGCGUUCGGUAUCCUGAAGACACGACGUGGUUCGGGGCAAAAGCAAAACAUGAA